AUGGACUUGAUUUCGGUUUCCCCAUCUCCCGCCAGGCAUCCUAUAGUCUUGAGUAAAAUUUCCCGCGGCUUCGAAUUCUUCGACGAUCACUAUUUAUACUAUUUCUUCACUCCCGCCGCUUCAAGUCUUCUAACAGAAGGAGAGGCACCCAGCCUUAACCUAACCUUUGCUCUCAGUCCAAUCCCUUUCGAUUUACUGCAAGUGAAGACCUUCACAAACGGUUCCACACUCCCUCCGAGAGUUUCCUCCCACCGAGGAGUUAGAUUUUUUGAAAUGCAGGACACGGCAAGCCCUCAUCUGGAGACGUUCCUCGGCAUCCGCUUUCUUAUCAGUGGCGUCGAUCCUUCCGAUCAGGUUCGAUCCAAGCUUUUGAGUCGCGGCGGAGUUGAGGCUCAGGAUUUUACUCAUCUAAUAGUGGACAAUAAUACUAUAUAUGAUGAUCCGGCCUGUGUUUCUGCAAGAAAUAAUGGGAAGACAGUGGUCACGAAGUUAUGGGUCGAUCAUAGUUCUCAUUUUGGAUUGGUUGUCGAUUCAACUAAAGUGGGUGCUCUUUUCUCCGCUAUCUGCUUUUCUUAUGCUUCAAAACUGAAUCCAUGGCCUGGCUUGGAUGUGAUUUAUCAACCCCCAAAAGGUUUGAAUGGGAUACCAGGUGCUAAGCAUCUCAUAAUUAGCUCAACUGGGUACAGUAUCAAAGAACGAGAGAAUAUUAUGACUAUGGUUCGCCUCAUGGGUUCGCAGUUUUCCAAGAUCUUGGUGUCCCACGAAACCACUCAUCUCAUAUGCUAUAAAAAUAAAGGUCCAAAGUACGACGUUGCACGUAGGUACCAGAUAAAGAUUGUCAAUCUUCGCUGGUUGGAAGAUUGCUUGAGGACCUGGAAGCUCCUCCCAGAAGAUGAAUAUAGUAAGAGUGGCUAUGAGAUGGAAUUGAUGGAAGCUGAAGUCAGGGAUUCAGAAGAUGAUGUGUCUGAUGGUACCUCUCUCAAGCUGCGUACCAGCUGCAUUGUAAACCAAAGCCCGCAGAUUAGGAGAAAUGCAUCUCCAAAGACCAGCAACUUGUCGGAGUCAAUUUCUGAAGUACCUGCAGUGCCGGUAGGGCCUGAUGGUUUCUUGAAUGUCCACAAUGAGACAUUAACCACUCCGGUCACUAAGAGAAAGGUGGAUACAACAUCUCAUUUAAUAGAUCCCUCUGGUAGAACUCCAGGUUCUGCAGAGGCGGCUGAUAAGAUAGACGCUGUCUAUAUGAGUGUUGAAAAACCUUCAGAUUCUAAUAUGAAGUCGAGCGUUGCUCCAGUAGAUGGGGAAAGAGAACUUAUAGUUGAUCAAAGGAUCGAUCUCAAGGGUAAGUCUGGGUUUACUGAUGAUGAGAACGGGCAUCCUGAUGAAGCAUUUGAUCAAAGUGAUGUACUUGUGAAAGAGAUGAUGGAUACGGUCGGUUUGGCAGCUAUAGAAAAGGAAUUCCAAGAAGUUCAACAAAUGGAGAAAAAUUCCAUUGACUCUGAAGUGGAUCAUGCGGUGGAGGAUCCACAAGAGAGAGAUAAAUCAAUCUCAGAACAAGAUGGCGAUACAAAGACCAGUGAAACUCAAUGGCUACCUUCAAGUAAGAGCAAGAGAAAGGCAGUUGACAGUGUUAAUGAUAAUUCCUUCAACUCUAGCAAAGUGACGGGGAAAGAAGAGCAGCAUGCUGCAGAAGGCAUACUCGAGAGAGAGCCACCUGCAAGUUGUCUUCCAAGUGUCAAGAAGAUAUCUAGGAAAAGGACACACCGCGCUAUGGAAGCGGUCAAGGAGAACAAAGCUGUCGUUGAAUCACAUAGUACUGGAAGCAAGGCUGGAAAGCAUGUCGAAAUGUGUAUGACGACAGCCAAUGGUGGUGAUCAGUUAGCUUCAGAAGGCAAACCUGCUUCUGCAGGUGGAGAAAUCUCCAGCCAUGUUGAGAGACAACCAAUGUGCUUCAUGUCGAGUGGGCAGAAUAGGCCGCAGAGGAAGGAGCUUAGGAAUGCUAUAAAAGAUAUGAAGGGGCAAUCUUUCCUGAACUCUCACCAGUGGUCAAACCAGGUAACUCAUUUAGUUGUUGCCGAUCCUCUCCGCAGAACAGAAAAGGUCUUCGCUGCUGCUGCCUCUGGGAGGUGCGAGAUUUCUCUUUCACCUAACUAACUUGGAUGAUUAUUCAGCGCCAGUUAUUUCAAGAAUAUAUUCCUUGAAUUUGUAGUUCAACUUUAAUUUGAGUUAGCGGUCCAGUCCGACAAAAGAGUGAUGUUACUUGCAGGUGGAUUCUCAGUACAGACUAUCUGUUGGCAUGCUGUAAGGAAGGAAGGUUUCUUCCCGAGGAGCCUUAUGAAUGGCACAAGAAAGGGGUUAAUAAAGACGGCUCUAUAAAUUUAGAAUCCCCCAGGAAAUGGCGACUGCUAAGAGAGAAGACAGGGCACGGUGCAUUUCAUGGUAUGAGGAUUGUCAUUUAUGGAGUAUGCAUCGACCCUCCUUUGGACACACUGAGGCGAGCAGUGGAGGCAGGCGACGGGGAGAUACUGGCAACCGCCCCACCUUACACCCAUAUCCUCAACUCGCAGAGGGUCGACUAUGCCAUCAUCUCCCGUGAAACCCCAUUUGAAGACGUCUGGGUACAAGAGUUUGCAAGGCUCGAGAUACCCUGCGUCACAGCUGAUUACCUGGUGGACUAUGUGUUCAGAGCUGGCUCCUCGCUGGACAAGCAUGUUCUCUUCGACAACCAGGAAUGGGCAGCCAAGUCUUUCAGCAACCUGGCGAGGAAGGCAGAGGAGAUCGUCAACCCUGCAGCAGCUUCUUCGCCCAAGGCACAGAAGCGGAAGAAGGAGACGUCCAGCUGAUUUCAAUCAAGGGAAACUUGGGUUGAUUUGUUUCCCUAUGUUAUAAACACUUUUGUUUAUUUAACUAGGAGGGUUGACAAGAGUUUUCCCUAUGUUAAAACACUUUUGUUUAAGUUCUCUAGAUUUUUUUUUUAUCAGAAGUCUUGAAAGUUCGGGUGAUCAUGAGAG